UCCUACCUCGAUAUAUCUGGUGGGAAACCUGACCCGAAGUAAUGAACGUAGCUGCUGAAGCAGGGGGAGACUGGGCAAAGUUUAAGGCUGAGAUGCAAAGGCGAUUCAAGUUAGGGGAUGGCUUGCUAACUAAGACAAACUUGGAGAUGCUAGAGUCAGAUGAGUUCUCCACGGUAGGGGCCUUCGCCACAGCGUUCGAGAAGAUAGCAAAGAAAGUCCCAGGGUUGGCGGAAGAGGAACAGUGUACCACUUUACUGUGGCACUUUAAAAAUUGGGAGGCCUCGUCGUUAACCAAGAAGGCUGUGCCAGGAAACAAACUGACUUGGGCUGCCAUAAAAGAGGGCGUGAUAGAAGGAGAACUGGACCAAGUAGAUAUUUUUCAGAUGAGACAAGCCAAGAAGAAGAGGAAGGCGUUGGAUGCCACCACGAGUGAUGGACGCGAUUUCAAGAAAAUGAUAAAGGACGCGGUGGCCCAGCUCGACGCAGAGAAGGAGGAUAAAAGAAAAACUAUGGCGGCACCACAGACCCAAGGGAAAGCGAAGAAAGCAGUGGUGCAGGAAGAGGAGGAAGAAGAGGAAGAAGAGCCUGAACCUUCGAAGCACGCUACAUUUCCUAUCGAGAGCUUCCUGAAGAUCUGGAGACGGCAGGACCUCGAGACGGAACUGACGUUUGAAGAACUGCUGGAUCUGAGAGCACGUCAGAUCGGCGUCAUUGAGGACAGGAUUGAGGAAGCGGCGAGUAAGACGGAGGACAGCCGUACCAAGGACAAGUUCCGGUGGGAUAAGAUGGCAAGGGUAAGAAAGGAGCCUCUCAAGGAGGAUCAGCCAAUGACAGAGGCAAGACCAGAGGAGCCUCACGAGUCACCCAGGCAAGAGAUGGAUGAGGAUCAGGCUGCAAAAGAGAAGGAGUUCGAAAGGCAAGAAAGAUCCGCCAGAGAGCAGGAGAUCAGAGCGGAAAUCAGGAGGAAGAACCUUGAAGAACUCCACAAGAGGACGGAGCAGGGAGAGCGGCCAGUGAACCUAAAGGAUAGAAAAGGGAAAAGUGUAAGCAGCCAGCAGGAAGAAGAUCCUCCCUUACUCUCAGAAGCAUGGGAAAAUUUUGACAAGCUGAUGGAAACUGCAAAGGGACCAGGAGCACACCAGCAGGAGAUGGGGGUGAAGUUGGUCUUUGCAGACUUGCUCACCCUGAAGGGAGUGAUGAAGGACGGGUUCGCUGCAGCCAAGGCAUCAGAUCAGAAGGUUGGAGAGAGACUCACCAAGGUGGCUCGGAAGGCCUAUGGUCAGGGGGUAGAAUGGGAGCGAGAGAUUAAGGACCUGAAGGAGAGUCAGGAAAGGCAAGACCGUGAGCUGGACGCGAUGAAGGUGGAGCUGGAAAAGGCCUGGGCAGGAAAUGAGGCAAUUAGACUGGUCAACCAGACCCUUAGUAAGGGUAAUGACGUGCUAAGGGCCUACCUGCAGACUCAACAGACCUCGUUUCAGGCAAAGGAAGCUGAGUGGGAAAAGAGGAUUAAGGAGCUAGAAACAAAGGUUGAGCAGAGAACUCCCACGACCUUGGUGGACUGGACUGAGGUCCAGGGGUUCGAGAUGAAGAGGCUGCCUGCAGAAGACACCUUCAAGAGCCACAGAGUGGAGGAGAAGGCUGAUCUACAGGAAGGAGAGGAUGUACCUCUGCUGGACAAGGAGAUGCUGCAACCUGAGGAAGUGAGCGCAAAGGAGGAGGCAAAUGGUGAAGAAUCUGAGUGGCAGAUGCCCUCUAUCGUGGCACUCCAACGGGCUCAUGAGGGACUUGGUGCGGCACAACAGGCAGAAACUGCGAGGGAUGAGAGGAUGUUGCCUAUCGCCCAGGAGGUUGUUGAGGAGCAGGUGGUUAAGAGGGUUGAGGUUGAGGCUGAGCAGGGAGCAGGUUUGGAGGAGGCGUUGGGCUCAUGGGCCACUGGAUCUGGAUCAGAGGCACGGGUGAGUGGUCCAGUGAUACAGGAAGGAGAUAGAGUCGUCUGCCCCAUUCCAUCAGAGACCCCUCAGCAGGAGGUCACGAGCGAGAUCACGACAGUCCUGCCAUCAAUACCCUCGCAGGAAGAGGAGAAGACGAUACAGAAGAAGACUGGGAAAUGUUUCUAUUGUAAGAGAGGCGAACAUCGGGUUGACGAUUGUCCGAAGAGCCUGAAAGAUGAGGCCGCUGGACUAGGCACCAGGGAGUCAUCGGGGAAGUGGAUAGAUAAGAAUGGACUCCAAGUUCAUAAGGGUCGUGAUGUG